AUGGCCAGGAGCAAGGGCAAGAGGGCGAACCAAGAUCCGGCCGUCGCUGACGAGGCACAGGCCGCGGAGCCGGUUAGAAAGAAACCACGCCCAGCAAAGAUUGUCGAGUAUCUCUGUAACAUCUGCGCCCAUAAGAAACCCUCCGACAGCUUCCCCGAUGCCAAAUCUACCAACAUACCGCCCUCUUGCCGAGGCUGCCUAGGUACAGACAGCGGCCGAAUAUGCCACUCCUGCGUUUCUAAUUGGACGUCCGAAACCGCGGCCAAGUACGCCGGCAGAUCGCCCGAAGAGAUCGCCUGCCUCGCAUGCGGCGAUACAUGGCCAUAUGAGUACGUCAAGAUGCAUCUGAGCGGAGAGGAUCUUGACCGAUACGAGGCAAGGCUUCUGCGGUACGCGCUGCGAGAGGACCUCAAUUUCCGCUGGUGUCCGGCUGCCGAUUGCGAAGCGGGCUACAUCCACGAGCGAAACACCAACAGAUGCCGGAAGAUCACCUGUGGCGCUUGUGAGGUGGCGAGCUGCUACCACUGCGAGAUAGUGUGGGAGGCUAGACAUGAUUGCAAGGAACACCGCGGCGAGGUCGACCCGGAAACACUGAAGACGCUCCAGGAACAGCAGGCCAGGCAGUGUCCGGAGUGCGGGAUCGCUGUUACCAAGAUAAGCGGAUGUGACGAUAUUCACUGCGAGAGCUGCGGAGAGAGCUUUGACUGGGCCAGUGCCAAACUCGUUGGAGGGGGGUGA